AUGGCGUCCGUCAGUAAUAAUGACGAUCCCGUACUGCGACUCAAGAACAACCUCGUCAACAUCUGGAAGACGAGCGAGUACUCGGACCUGCUGAUUCGCUGCAACAAUGGCGACGAGCACCGAGUCCACCGCGUGAUCCUGUGCAGCCAAUCCGAGUUCUUUCGGCGCGCGUGCAACCCAAAGACCGGCUUCAAGGUACAUCAACCCAAGCGCGGGAGGCGACGGCGAGGCGGUGGUAGCAGCAGAGGCCGUAGCAACAGUACCAGUAGCACCGCCACCACCGCCGUCACCAGCACCACCAGUACCCAGACCAGCUCACCGACGCAUCACUCGUCUCUUGCGCAGGAAGCCCUCUCCGGCGUGAUCGAGCUGCGGCACGACGACCCGGCCACGGUGCGCGCGAUGCUCGAGUUCUGCUACACCUUCACCUACACCUGCCCAACCUCAUCGUCCUCGUCCUCGUCGUCCCACCCCUCCUCCUCCUCCCCCUCCCGCAACGAAGACGCCAUGAUCUUCCACGUGCACAUGUACGCCGUCGGCGAGAUCUACGACAUCCCCUCCCUCAAGGCCCUCGCCGCCCGCAACUUCGACCGCGACGUCGACCACGCCUUCCCGCGCUUCCCCGCCGCCGUCCGCGCCAUCUACGAAACCACCCCGGACUCCGACCGCGGCCUGCGCGACCGCGCGCUCCGCGUCUGCGCCGCCCACGCCGCCGAGCUGCUCGCUAACCCCGCCUUCGAGGACGUCAUGGACCAGCUCGGCGUCUUUGGCAAGGAGUUUGCGCGCCAGUUGGUCGCUAACGGUUCUGCGGCGGGGGCGGCGGGGGCGGGGGCGGUGAAGCAAGCGCCGACGAAGACGGUGGUGGUGGAUUGUCGUAGGUAUCGCUGUGGGAAGAGGUUAAUCAAGCCUGAUGACCCGCCUGAGCCGGAGGAUGUGAUUGAGCGGCCUUCGAGCGUGGCGGGGGAGGAUGGGGGUCCGGCGGGGUGGUAA